UCUGCACGACUUAUCCAAAGGCGGAGUUGCAGGCUGUGUUCGAGAGGUGCGCGUGAGAGAGGCGGAUGGGUUGGGCGGCCGUGGCAGCAGAAGGAUUAGGAGUACGAGGGUGCUGUUCUCUUCCGGUCGCGAGCGCCAAGUCGAGCCUCGGCAGGCCAACCAUCGUCGCCUCUAAGACCACGAGGCCGCGCCGCAGAGUGAAUGGCUCGCCGCCCCGCAAGCAGCAGCCUUCCGUCGCGGAGGUCCAGAAAGCAAUUGGCGUCGUCGAUGACCCCUUCCGCUCACCUGAUGGUGCCUCUUCCUCCUCGUCCUCUUCUUCGCCGUUUCUUGGAUUCCUGCAGGACGAGAGCCCCGCGGAGAGGAAGCUUCGCAAGGCCGCCGAGUGGGUGGUCGACAGCACCGAGGCCCAGGCGCAGUCCGGUACCCCCGUCACUCUGCCUCUCGUUCCUUCUCUUGCUCAAGUUUCCAGUUUGCUAAGUAUUGCCGUCGAAGAAAAAGGGCAAAGAAUCCUGUUGCUAGUAUGUCUAAACAUCUUACCAGUGUGGCUUUUGCUCCUCUUGGUUGCAUCUGGAGUUGUAAAGUUGCCAUUUGAUCUCCCAUUCUGGAAUGAUCUUAUCUCAUAAGUGUCAGAAAAAUAGUUGAUACUCAGGUUUCCAGCUACAUGUACAUAGCAACUUAAUUUUAAGCUUUUAUUCCUGUUCAA